UGUCCAAACUUUUGACGGGUACUGUAUGAACUGUAACUCAGUAAAAUCUUUGAGAUUGUUACAUGUUGUGUUUUUAUUUUCGUUCACUGUAGGAGGAAAAAUGUAAAUUAGCCAUUACUAAGAAGUGUCCCGCACAUUUUUGACGUGGGCCAUAAACUCAUGUGUAUCCUCCACCAUGGACAGUGAUUUACAACACAACAGCUCUUUGUAAUCUGAGGCAGGCACAUGGUUAAAACGCAUGGACAUCAUUUCAAGCUUUUACAUGUUUCUGUGAAAUUUAGAAGAAGAACAAUUUGCACCGGCUGACAAAGCAUCUAUUAUAGGUUGUCCAUUUAAAGACUGUCCACAUGUCUAAACAUUUUAGUCCUGAAGUAUCCUACACCAUCUGCCUCUUCACAAGUGCAAAUGUAUCGAAUUGCGUUGGUCGUCAUGUCACUUCCACUGAUUCUGAGCCCCCAUGUUUUUGGGCUCGCGACAGACGGUUUGAUCCAUCUGAAAAACAUUGCAGGCAAGCUCAGCUUCAUUCAGAGGGAAGGAAAUGUGACUUAUCUGCGGGACAAGGAGCUGGCCACGGAAGUUCCAACCGAGACAAAGUUUGAACUGUUCGAUCCAAGGAACACUUUACGCUCCGCCAGAUUCACCUAUACCUGGGACUUCGGCAACGGAGAGGUGCUGAAGGGAUCGGAGCCGUCUGUGCACUAUAACUACUCAUCCUCUGGAAACUACACUCUGCAGCUGAGAGUAGUGACCCAAGUGAAUAAAACCUCUACUCCACUAACUGGGGUAUACAGCAUGGACGUUACAGUUUUGGACGCCAUCAGAAAUAUUGAGUUGAAGGGCCCUUUGAUUUUCCAGGUUUCCAGAAACAACAGUCUGGCUGUUCAUGUGGAUGGAAGUCCUCCCAUGUGGGUCUGUUGGAGGUUUCUACAGAACUGUGUAUCAGCAAACCCUACAGGCUGUCACCUGACCAUGCUGUAUGAGAACACCAUGAUACUGAACCACACCUUCACAGCUUUAGGAGACCACUGUCUGGACAUCAGCGCCCGCAACGACAUCAGCAAACUGCAGACCUCCUACAACAUCUUUGUGAGGAGAGAUUCCUCGAUUAACCUGCUCUUCAUCAUGAUGUGUGCUUGGAUCGUCUUGACAAUCCUUGCCUUCAUCAGUGUUAUAGCCUGUCGCCAUAAGAAAGGACCCAACAACAAACCACAGAUGUCUAAGUCCAGUAACGCCACUUACUCCAGCAUGAACAUGGAACUGCAGCCACAACAGGACUUCCCUGAUAUCAGUAGUGAUCUCUAUGUGUCCAGGCCAAAGAAAGAAGAGGUCCAACGCCUUCUACAGCACGGGACCAGAUCUGUCGCCAAAUCCUACCGCAACUAGUCUUCAUUUACACACUUUGAUUUGAGCUUUGUGUUGGACUGAUUCAGGUCAAAUGUUAAUAGUUUGCUAACAAUGUAUAGUUUGAGAUGAAAAUACAGUACCAGUCAAAAGUUUGGGUUGAGGUCGGGUGAUUGACGAGACCAGGUCAUCUGAUGCAGCACGCCAUCACUCUCCUUAUUGGUCAAAUAUCCCUUACACAGCCUAGAGGUGUGUUAGGUCAUUGUCCUGUUGAAAAAUGAAUUAUAGUCCCACUAAGUGCAAACCAGAUGGGAAGGUGUAUCGCUGCACAAUGCUGUGGUAGCCAUGCUGGUUAACUGUGCCUUGAAUUCUAAAGAAAUCACUGACAGUGUCACCAGCAAAGCACCCCCAAAUCAUCACACCUCCUUCUCCAUGCUUCACAGUGGGAACCACACAUGCGGAUGUAACAGUUGUUAAAGUACUUUGUGAAUUUCAUCAGGUUCAUAUAUUAAUAUAGCAUGUUGAUUUGUUAUAAUGCCUGCCUGCAUCCUGGAAUAGGGGAGUGUGUACUUACGAUUUGCCCUGCGUGCUCCAGCUCAAAUAAUUUUGAUGCACUAUGAGAGGUAGACACGCUUUUUCUGUCGUAUUCAGAAAAGUUUGACUCCUUUAAGCACAAAGUCAUACACCUAGUGUUUUGUUCAUGAAUAAUGGUGUAUACUUAGAGGUUACUCAUAAGUGGAUGGUAUUGUUAAGAUGCAAUUGUAAUUGUACUUUUUAGGAUGAUAUUAACAUUCUGAAUUCAACAUUGCCUGUGGUUACUAGCUAGCUAUUGUAUGUGUGAACGGUGGCUAGCUCGAAUUAUCCCAGUCCCUUGUAUUGUGCGUCUAUUGUAGAAAGAGGCGCCGAUUCGCAGAACAUAUGUGCUCUACAAAUGUUUUGUAUUUUCUUUUUGAUGCAGGUAUGUGGUUUCAUCUAUGUAAAAUAUAUGUUAUGUGUUGAUACAUAAUAAAGGA